AUGACCGAGAGAGAUGCCUUUUCAGGUAAAUCCCUUUCACUUCGUAUCUGGGAACUUUUCACGGUCCCACGUCUUCGUCGUGUAACGAUUUCGAGUUCUAUAAUUGUCAUAUCGCAACAGUUCUCAAGUAUCAGUGCAAUGAGUUUCUAUUCGUCAACAAUAUUUUCAGAGGCUGGUUAUUCUCCACGAGACUGCUUGCUUGCGUCUCUAGGUUUUGGUCUGACGAUGUUCAUAUUUGCAUUUCCCGCAGUCUGGACGAUGCACAUAUUUGGACGUCGCAACCUCCUACUGUUCACUUUUGUUAACAUGGCUUGGUGUCUCCUGGUAGCAGGUUGUUGCUUUUUGAUCCCAUCAGACUCCACUGCUUGGAUCCCACUUGUUGCCUUCUUCGUAUAUCUAUUUUCGGCCCUCUAUGGACCAGGAAUUAGGCCCAUUCCAUCGAUCUUAAGUGAAGCCUUCCCGCUUUUACAUCGUGAGCUCGGUGCUUCAUUUACGAUUUGCGUCAAUAAUGCCGUCGGCAGCGCCCUUAGCCUAUGUUUCCCGUCACUGUUAACCACGAUCACACCAACGGGAGGUGAGCUUCGACCCAUAAUCAACUCGCUUGAAUAUUUCUUAACUGAUUGA